GUUGAAUAUGCCACCACAGAAUCGGUUGUAACAGUAGACUGGGAAAAUGGUUUCGCUGAAGUGUCAGCGGCAAGGAACGAAAAUAUCACUCAAGUCUUCAAAGAGCUAUUAUCACAGGCAAAAAUCACGUACAAUUUAAGUCCAGCAUUACGUCGACGCCGUCAAUCGUUACCACAACAAGUGGGCAAUAAUGGAGCGGGUACACCGACACACCACAACCAUCCAUCGUCACAUCAUCAUCACCACCAUCCGCAAUCGCACUCAUCUGCCUCGUCGUCAUCAUCAUCCGCCUAUGGUGGUGCAGCAGCCGCCCAUGCACCAACGGCAGCCCAAUUGCAACAUUUGCAGCGAAUACAGGAACGCAGUUUGGGUAGCAAACGUAAUUCAUGUGCAAUUUCCUAAAAAUGUCAGCAACAAUAAUA